AUGCUUAUUCACGGACGCGCAACUGCAAGCCGGCCAGACGGUCUUCAUAUACGGCGGGAGCACGUCGGUCUGUUCGCAAUCCAGAUAGCGAAAGCUCGCGGGAUCAAGGUUGUCGCAAGCGCCUCCGGAAGGAAUGAAGAAUUAGUGAAGAAAAUGGGCGCAGAUGAAUUUAUCGACUAUACGAAGGAACCAAUACACAAAUACCUCAACUCACACCCUCCUGAAACCAAGUUCGAUGCCAUCAUCGAUGCUCCCGCCUACCUGGCAUCUGGCGGAGUGUUUAUAUCGACCGCACCUGUGCCCCAAACCCUUUCGAUAAAACAGGUCGGGAACUUCACCAAGACCGCUGCUGCAAUGAAGUGGCCUUGCUGGCUGGGUGGCAUCCCAAGAAAAUUCAAAGUCGCUGACGUCCACGAGAGUAAGGCAGAUCUCGAGGCGUUCCGUGCACUGGUAGCUGAAGGCAAGGUAGUCGGAGUCGUGGACUCGGUUUUUGUGAGCUGGAGGAUUCCCUAA